AUGGUCAAUUUACCAGAGAGGAACUCUACAUCCACGCUUAAACGCAUUUUAGUGACUUGUGCAGCACAGGCAAAAGAAUAUGGGGGUUGUGUUGCAGCAAAGGUUCCACAAGUUGAACGUGAUAUGUGCUUGAAAGAAUUUCUUGCAUUAAAGAGUUGCAUGCAAAACGUGAUAUGUCAGUGUAUGGCAGCUUUGUAUUUGUCAUGUUCUAGGAAAAUGGCUUUUGAGUCUGCUUUUUUGCUUCUAAAUAGCUGCGAGGAAAGGCUUGAACCGGCAAGUGUGAUUCUUCAGUGCUUGGACACAGUAGUUGGAACUGUUCUAAAAAAGGUUCUUCAUUUAUCUAGAAAAGUCUUCGUUGAGGCUGGUUUAGGAUUAUCAGCAGCAGUACUUGCUAAACCCUGUAAUAACUCUUCAAAAGUCUGA